AUGGAAAUAGACGCCCAGCAGGGUGGUCAAGGUGUCAAGGUGGCGCCGGGGCUGGGAGACUCGAGACCGCGGGAUAGAUGUGCCCGUGAGGGUGGAGUAUCAGAUCCGAUGUUGCUCCAGGCGCGAAGGCGAAUGAGCUUCCCCGGGACCUACAGAGAUGGGUCUCACACGGUCGAAUUGGUGGUCGGAGAGGAGGAGGAUGGAGAUGAAGGCCAGCACGAGGAGACUCGGGAGACUCGAGAAGCUCUCGACACCGUCCAAGGGCCUCAUCGCACAUUCACGGCCUCCGGAAACCAGCUCAUCAUCCCGCAGACGGCCACCGUUUCCCUCGAAGCGCUCACCAGGGAAACACAGCAGCAGCGCAGCGAAGACGUGACCCCACGGGAGGAGCCCGGCGACGCCUUCGAAUCAGGCCAAGGCCCUCAUCUCGAGUUCUCUCUGCCUCCAGUCGACACCGGCAAGGACGCGUGGCUCUUCCUGGCCGCCUGCUUUCGUCAUCGAGGCGCUGGUUUUCCCUUCUCCUUCGGCAUCUUCCAGAAGUACUACAGCAGUCAUGAGCCCUUCAGAGGGUCCGGCAACAUCGCCAUCGUUGGCACCUGCACCUCCGGCAUCAUGUACCUCUCUGGGCUGCCCGCCCUCGUCCUGAAUCGCAUGUACCCUAGGCUGGGCCGCUGGUCGCCCAUGGUCGGGCUGCUGAUCAUGUGCCUGUCGCUGGCCCUCAGCUCCUUCUCCACGACGGUCACGCAGCUCAUCGCGACCCAGGGCGUGCUUUAUGCGAUCGGUGGCUCCAUCGGCUACCUGCCCUGCCGACGCCCUCAAGGCCGGCCCCUUCCCGUCCGCCCUGACUGCUCUGCUUGUCAACGUCUCAUCCUCUAA